AUGACAAAGAAGGUGGAGGAGAAGAAGAGAGAGUUAGAACAGUCUUCAGAGAAGGCUGGUUCAGAUGAUGUGUCCUUGGAUGACAGUUUUUUCUGUCGGUUGGAUGAUGGUAGUGUUUUCUGUCAGGUAGAUCGUGGCAAACCAUCUGAGAAGUGUAGCACAGUUCAACAGGUUGAUGAAAGUAGGAUAGGAUUGAAUAAGGAGUCUUUGAUAGACGCUCAGGGGAAAGAUUCUGAGUUGGUAGGAAUAAGAGAUAGUGCUCUGUCGGAGGAAGAGGCUGGCGCUCCCCUGGGUACCUUUGAGACAAAGCAAGCUGUGAAAGCAUGGUUACAUAGCAGCAAGCGUCGUCCUGUUCAGAGGAAAACUAAGAGCAGAGACAGCGGCAGUCAAGAUAGUGGAGAGCAGGACGAAGAAGAGGUGGAUGUGGAGGAUGAUGAGGUGGAGGCAGAGCCCAGCUCUGAGUCAGAACUUGAGAUCAAUAAGGAGGACAACAUAAUGAUCAUUGACUGA